AUGUCAACUUUUUAUGGUAAGUCAAGUUUGCGACAUUAUUUUCCAUCUCUAAUAGUUAAAUAUAACCAAAGUAUGAAUCAGUUUCCAACAGAACAAAAGUCAUCCAAUGGAAAUCUUUUGUCUGUGUUUAGGAUAAUGUGGAACACUAAUAUGUUGCUCAAGAAUAUGUUAAAAAUAAAUUUAGCCAGUGAAACAAGACAUGAUUGUAAAAGAUGUGUUGAUAUUCAUUCAACUACUGUUAAAGAUCUUUAUAAAACCAUCUGGAAACUCAAUAUGUUGCUCAAAAAUAUGAUGAACAUAAAUUUAGUCAGUGAAGCAAUAUAUGAUUGCAAAGGAUGUAUUCAUUUGCAUGCAACUCUAACAGAUUUUUACAAAACCAUCUGGAAACUCAAGUACUUAUAA